AUGGCGGAACGAAGGGAAGAGUGCUUCCUCGAGUAUGAGCAGUGUGAGUCGGGAAGCUUCAGCAAAAGUGGUGGUACUGUCAUCUCCAAGGGUGGGAAAGAGGAAGUGAAAGUGGUCAAGUGUAGACAGGACAUUGUGCUGCUGGAAACAUUCGAUGACAGCGGGGAGAUGUGGAUCGGGCAAUGA